GAACACACGAGGAGAGGAAAGUCAAUCUGAGCUACUAUUGGAUCGAGGUUUUUGCAAUUUGCUAAAAACAAGAGGAUCAGGAGCUCAGAAGAGGACUCCUUAAAUUCCUCAUUCUUCUAGCAUUUAUUUUUCUUUAUUGAAGUGGAUUUUCCCUUUUCAAGUGAAGAAGGAGAGGAAACUGCCUGGGAUACAGCAAAAAAGAGUCACCUGAGCUAAGGAUGUUUGUAUCCAGGGCAGCAAUGCCACUUCCUACUACGUGAGAAAGACCAUGACGACUUUGCAGGACUGCCACCUGCUCCGUUCCCAAAAUGACGGCGUCUGCCAGUACAUUCAGGUUUCCAGCCUGUGAUGCUCUAGCAGAUUCACACUACAAGAGAUACGAUUCUGGACACAACUGAGAGGAAGUUUAGGGAGAAUACCCCUAAAUAUCAGCAGAAGAGCUCUGAACUGCUUCAGAGAUAUAAACCAUGCAUUCCAGAAGUAACAGCACAGAAAGCCCAACCAGACCAAAGCUGAGCCAGCAAAGGUUGAAAGACCACCAUAAAGAAGAGGAUGGUUGCAGUGGGAGAGGAAACGUGCAAGGAAGGCAGAAGGAUGAUGUAGCCCAAGCCAGUACCAUCCUAAGAAGCCCUAAGGCAGAGAAAAAGCAAAGAAGUUCUUUCAAGCAAAGAGAGGAUCUCUCUCAUGAUGACUUAAUAUUUCUUCUUAGUGUCCUCGAGGGUGAACUGCAGGCUCAAGAUGAAGUUAUAGGAGUACUUAAGGCUGAAAAAAUUGACUUGGCUUUGCUUGAAGCACAAUAUGGCUUUGUUACUCCCAAGAAGGUGUUAGAGGCUCUCCAGCGAGAUGCUAUUCAAACAAAGGCUGAGCAAUGGCAAGAAGAUGUCUAUGAAAAGCCUAUGAGAGAGCUUGAUAAAGUUAUAGAGAAACAGAAAGAAACUCACAGAAGAAUGCUGGAGCAACUUCUAAUGGUAGAAAAAUCACACAGACAGACACUGUAUGAACUAGAAGAAGAGAAGAGGAAGCACAGCAAAUACAUGGAAAAAAGCGAUGAGUUCACAAAUGUACUGGAACAAGAACGUGAAAGAUUGAAAAAGCUUCUUGAACAGGAAACAGCGUAUCAGGCAAAAAUAGAGAAGGAAAACAACAAGAAAAUAGCUAAACUGAAAGAAGAAUUGACAAAACUGAAAUCCUUUGCUUUAAUGGUGGUGGAUGAACAGCAAAGACUUACUGACCAGUUGAAUCAACAAAGUAAAAAAAUUCAAGAAUUAACCACUUCUGCAGAACAAGCACACAAGAAGCUGGCUUCUGCUGAAGCCAAAGUUCAGGAAGAGGAACAGAAAGCCAGCAGGCUGGAGGCUGAACUUCAAGCCCAAAGCACUAAGAUUUCCCAAAACCAAGAAGCAAUGAUGGCCAAACUAACCAACGAAGACAGUCAGAACCGUCAGCUCCGGAUAAAAUUAACUGCUCUCAGCCGACAAAUUGAUGAGCUGGAAGAGACCAAUAAAUCUUUAAGAAAAGCAGAGGAAGAACUGCAAGACCUAAGGGAUAAGAUAAACAAGGGAGAGUGUGGGAACUCCACACUUAUGACCGAAGUAGAAGAACUACGGAAACGACUGCUGGAGAUGGAAGGAAAAGAUGAAGAGCUCAUCAAAAUGGAAGACCAGUGCAGAGAACUUAAUAGAAAAUUAGAAAAAGAAGCAUCACAGAGCAAGAACCUUAAAGGGGAAGUUGACAAACUCAACAAAAGAAUUAUGGAGCUGGAGAAAUUAGAAGAUGCUUUCAACAAGAGCAAACAGGACUGCUACUCCCUGAAAUGCAACCUAGAAAGAGAAAAAAUGUUAACACAGCAGUUGUCCCAUGAGCUAGAUGGCUUAAAAGCUAGAAUUGGUGAGCUUGAAGCAAUUGAAAGUAAGUUAGAAAAAACUGAGUUUACACUUAAAGAAGAUUUAACAAAGCUGAAGAGUUUAACAGUGAUGCUUGUGGAUGAAAGAAAAACAAUGGGUGAAAAAAUAAAGCAAACAGAAGAAAAGCUGCAAGCUGCAACUUCUCAGCUUCAGUUGGAACAAAAUAAAGUGAUGUCUGUUACAGAAAAAUUAAUUGAGGAAAGUAAAAAGGCACUCAAAUCAAAAUCUGAUGCAGAGGAAAAGGUGUCCAGCGUUACAAAAGAAAGAGAUGAACUGAAAAACAAACUCAAAGCAGAAGAGGAGAAAGGAGAUGAUCUUGUUUCCAAAGUGAAUGUUCUAAGAAAACGACUUCAGUCACUGGAAGCUGUUGAAAAAGAGUAUCUUAAAAAUAAACUUAAGGAGAAUACUAAAUCCAGCACCUCCUUGCAGCACGAGAACAACAAAAUCAAAGAGCUCUCUCAAGAAGUGGAGAGGCUUAAGCAAAAGCUGAAAGAAAUGAAGGCUAUAGAAGAUGAUCUUAUGAAAACUGAAGAUGAAUUUGAAUCUCUAGAACGAAGGUAUGUCAAUGAACGGGACAGAUCUAAGCUCCUAUCACAGGAGCUGGAGGCUGUGAAAAUGGAAUUGGCUAGGUGUAAGUUAACAGAAAAGGCAGAGUCCAAUCAAGAACAGCGUCUUUUUAAGAAGCUCAAAGAAGAGGAAGCUAAAUCAAGUCAUCUUUCCAGAGAAGUAGAUGCACUGAAAGAGAAAAUUCAUGAAUACAUGGCAAAAGAAGAUCUCAUCUCUCACCUUCGAGGUGAUCACACAGUCUUACAGAAGAAACUCCUCCAGCAAGAAAACAAGAACAGGGAGUUAGCAAAAGAAAUGGAAAGUCUCACGAAAGAAUUAGAGAGGUACAGACACUUCAGCAAGAACUUCAGGCCUGGUCUCAAUGGAAGGAGAAUUUCUGAUUUGCAAGUUUUUUCUAAAGAAGUCCAGACGGAUCCGGGAGACAAUGAACCACCUGAUUACAAAACCCUCAUGCCUUUAGAACGAACAGUCAUAAAUGGGCAGCUGUAUGAAGACAGCGAUAAUGAGGACAAAGACAAUAAUGAGGAAGAACAGAGAGUGUCUUUCAGAAGUAACUCAUCCAUUUCAAAUGCCGUCAACAAAAAACUAUGGAUCCCUUGGAUGAAGUCCAAAGACAGCCACCCUCAAAAUGGAAAGAUUCAUACAAAGCAAAAUGGAAACUGUGCACAGACUGGAGACCUCGUGCUAAGCCAUACCCCUGGCCAACCUCUUCACAUCAAAGUAACUCCAGACCAUGGACAGAACACAGCAACACUUGAAAUAACUAGUCCUACCACUGAAAGUCCUCACUCCUAUACAAGCACAGCAGUUAUACCAAACUGUGGUACUCCAAAGCAAAGAAUAACCAUUAUUCAAAAUGCCUCCUUAACACCUGUAAAAUCAAAAGCAGCAGAAGGUUACAUGAGCCCAGAGCAAGUAAUUUCUCCAAUUACUAUGGCUACUUUUGCAAGAUCUCAAACUCCUGAAUCAUGUGGUUCUCUAACUCCUGAAAGAACAAUGUCCCCUUUGGCUUUACCAGGCUCAAGUUCUCAGGAACAAAUACUCUCCUCAGAGUCUUUGGAAAUGGGAGCCAAGCACACUGUUUUUAGAGUAUCCCCAGACAGGCAGUCAUCAUGGCAGUUUCAGAGAUCUAACAGCACGGGAUCAAGUGUAAUAACUACUGAGGAUAACAAAAUCCACAUCCAUUUAGGAAGUCCUUAUGUCCAAUCUUUCACCAGUUCCAAGCCCACCAGUCCUUGUAAUCCAGUGCAAGACAACAGAACACCAGCACUAGCUAACGGCCUACCCAGUAAGCCCACCAAUAAAAUCACCAGCAGUAUUACUAUUACACCAACAGCCACUCCUCUCCCACGGCAAUCACAAAUUACAAUUACUGAUGCCUUCCAUCGUUCGGUUCCAACUCGGAUCCCCAAACCAAAGCCUACAAGCACAACAAAAGUACCUGUCAAAAUUCCUGCCGGACAUGUCAACAAACCACUUCAAGACAGCAGUUCUGGAAAGCUACGUAUCAUAAGGACUGUGUCUAAAACCUGCCUUCAAAGUGGAGGGAGAAGAGUGCAUUCCAACAGUCUAAAUGGCUCAACUCAUAACUUGUGGGAAAACUCCUUUCACAUAGGUCUUACUUUAAGAACUGCCAAAUCCUGAUUCCUAAGUAAAGCAAAAGUUGGCUUACAGUGCUGUAGCCAGAACCGCGAUCCUUUUGCUGAAGCAAGGAGAGAUUCUGAUGCAAUCCAUUACCCACAUUUUUUCCUUUUAUUUCACAGUUAAACUUUUAACUUAACUACCAAGACAGUACAACACAUUAGCACUGCUGUGUGACUUUUUUUGCAAAACCAAAAUGGAAACCUGUGCCUCCCUCAAGAGCUUCACAAGAAAUUAUGUACGGAGUACCAAAAAAAGGGAAAGAUCCGUCUAUUGAAAAAAACUUCAGCUUGUGUCCUACAAGACAAACCUGUGUCAAAACACAAAAAUUAAAGAAAGACUGGCUCUUCUGUAUUAAACGGAAAAGGUUUGAAAUUUAUUCACUAAAUCUGCAGGUAACUAUAAAGUUCCAAGCCUCCAUGUCAUACAUGCUUAGAUCCAAAUAAGGUUCACAGAAGCAACUUGCAGAGUAAGUGUAUGUAAACACCAAGAAACUCAAAUUUCAAAAAGCAGCUGGCAAUUUGGCAUGCUUAUCUGAUCUUCAGUACAAGAGCAAGUUUUAUCAGAAGCAACUGACGGAUGAGUCAAAAAAACCUCACCUCUGGAUAGACAGGUCCACCAACAGAUCUCAGCUCUGAUCAAGCAAAACUCUUGCUUCCCAAUAGCUGUAAAUUACGUAUUACAAAUUGAUGUUAUAUGGCACCCGUUAUUGCCAGUCUACAGAAAUAAAAGAAAACCUCAAAGAAACUGGUUCCCACAACAGCAUCCUGUUCUUUAGCAUCCCACAAGUACUGUCAAAUCAUCCUCCAAUGGUACCAUACUCUAAUUCUCACCUAUUUGUACUGCUGACAUAGAAUAGUUUCCCUGUCUUUUGCUCCUGUCUUGGGACGACAUAACUUGUUUCUACCUGUGAGGGGCAUGGUCCACAUAGGCUCUUACUUAAGGCCAUUUAAACAAAAUGACAAACUGGGAUACUACACUCUUAAGGGAUUAAGAAAGACAAAGAAAGCAUGUAGAAUGAAAGACAACGAGUGGUAACAUAAAAGGAAGAAACUGGAAGAAUUUCGGAAAAAUAGAAGUCCAUCACUCUCCCUCAAACUGCUCGGGAGAUGUGGCAUGCUGGCUACAAGCAAGAUACAGACAUUCAUAAUGCUGUGACUCGAACUCUUUCUGUUCAUGGAGAAAAGAGGAAAAAGUCAGUGUCUUUCACCAGUACUAAAUAAACCCCUUAGCAUUCCUUAUCCUCUCCCUUAUAGGUCUGAAUGCAAUACAAAAAUCAUAUUCAAGACUGGACAUAGCUGUGACAUGAACUGGAAGAAGGGAGGGAAGGAAGCCCUACCUGGGACUUGUGUAACACUGAACAUCCCUGAUAACUAGACAAUAAUCCCUGAAGACUCUCUCCAUAAAUCUACUCUCAAAGAUAAAGGUUUGGUGAAGAUGUUAUUGGGCAAGAUUCUUUAGUUUGUGUCAUGUGACAAGGUAAACACAGAUGGCUAAUCCCUUCAGGGUUCUUUUUUUAUUGUUUUUUUUUACAUCUAUAAAACACCUGCAGCAGGGUAAGUUUCAUGUCUCAAAGUGAGAGUAACUACCUUUAAUAUUUAAUAUGGAUUGUAAAAUACUCAUUUUUCAAUGAUGUGGCCAAAAUCAAAUUAAGAAUUACCUAUAUAUCCAUAAACUAGGAUAUACACUUUGUGCUUUCAUACAUUGUAAGUGGAUCUGAAUAUCUUUCAUAUACUUCAUCUUAAAAGUAGUCUCUUCUAACCAGAAGUUGCUAAAACCUAAGACACUGGUGAGGGCUGAGUUAUUAGGAAGAAUAUUCCAUUGGUCAGGACUCAUUCUAGGCCUAGUCUUAAAGGACUUGGCAAAAGAACAGUAUUUUAAAAGUACAAAUAGAAUUUUUAUGAUUUGCAUCUACAGUUGCGGCAGAGAUGUUUCUUUUAAAAUAUGUCAGAAAAUUAAGUUGGACAUAAAAGUGGGGUUUUUUAACAAAACUCGAUGCUUCAUGUAAAUAAACUUGAUCAAGUCUGUCAGAAGUGCUUGCUAAUGGGCAGUUAUUUUCUUCUAUUGCUGCUUACAUUGUACAUUGUAAUCCCUGAUUUCCUAUUUCAUGCCAACUGAUCUUAAAGCAUUUUACAGUUGCGAUAAGAUGUGGUACAAAUUAACCUGUGGUUUUGCAUCUGUUGUAAGUGAAAAAUAGCUAUACAAAAUUAAAGUAACUGGUGCUUUUCUUAUUUUA